AUGGAGGGUCCACCUUCCAGCGGUAAAAUAGCAGAUGAGGUUCCACUUUGGACAAAUUAUUCAUCAGGACUGAGUAAAUUCUAUCAGGCUACACCAGCAGGAUGGAAUCCCUUUCUCAAAAGUCCACCUUCCAGCGGUAAAAUAGCAGAUGAGGUUCCACUUUGGACAAAUUAUUCAUCAGGACUGAGUAAAUUCUAUCAGGCUACACCAGCAGGAUGGAAUCCCUUUCUCAAAAAUGACGAUGAAGAAGAAGAUCCGUUGAAAUGCAGGCCGCAAGAUGAAGAUGCUCAUCACGUGAUUUUGCAAUGCACUCUGGGACUUGAAAGCAAUUGCGCGACGAACAGGAGUUAUUGCAAUGCUCCACUCAAACCUGACACUCCUUAUAUGAUUAAACUGAGGGCUUUUACAAGAGGAGGAUACUCAGAAGCUGGUCCAUUAACUGCAAGAACGUCUAAACCUUCAACGUCUGGUUCAAUUGGAGGAAUUGUUGGCGGUUUUUUUGCUGUCUGCUUCUGUUGCUUCCUAAUCUUUGGAGUGUUUUUUAUGAAAAAGAAGGGCGGUUUUGAACAUGUCAGAAAGAUCAUAGAAUCACGAUUUGUACGUCCAACCCUUGCCACGUCACAACCAGAAACUGGUGUCGAAUUAGAAACUUAUCAACAUGGCCGGUGUAUUAAGAUUCAAAAUUUCUGUGAACAUGUACGAAUUAUGCUGUCUGAUUCUCAUUUGAAAUUUUCUGAAGAGUUUGAGACUUUGAAGCACAACAGUCCAAAAUUGCCUUGCACUGCCGCUGAAAUGGACGAAAAUCGUCAUAAAAAUAGAUGGAUGAAUAUAUUUCCAUAUGAUCAUUCACGAGUAAAGCUGCUACCCCUUGGGGAUGAACCUGCAUCUGAUUUUAUCAAUGCAAACUACAUCAUUGGUGAUUCUAGUCUGCGUGAAUACAUUGCUAGUCAAGGCCCAUUGGCAAAUACAGUGGAUGAUUUUUGGCGAAUGAUUUGGGAGCAAUCGACCACAAUGAUUGUGAUGCUGACCCAGCUGAUGGAACGUGGAAAGGUGAAGUGUGAAAAAUACUGGCCAGAUGAGAAAGAGCCCAAAUACUAUGGAGAUAUACAAGUGAAGCUGAUAUCAGAGUCUAUGCUUUCAUCUUACAUCAUAAGGGUCUUUCAUCUGCAACUGGGCUCUCAGCAGAGAAUGGUUAAACAAAUGCACUUUACUCAUUGGCCAGACUUUGGUUGCCCUGAGCGUCCUGAAGACUUGAUAAACUUUGUGACAGCUGUCAGAGACCAUCUCCCAAGAAUCAGGCCUGGACCCAUUGUUGUCCACUGCAGUGCUGGCGUAGGUCGAACAGGUACUUUCAUCGUUGUCGACAGACUUGCACAAAACCUGAAGCACAAUGAUGACAUCAAUAUAUUUGAAACCGUCAUGGAACUCCGGCAACAUAGAAUAAACAUGGUACAAACUGAGGAUCAAUAUAUUUAUAUUCAUUUGUGUGUGCAGCAGUUAAUACAAGAAAUUAUUACACCCUCCAAUCAAGAAUGUAGUGAACCAAUCUAUUCAAAUGUUACCAGGGAGACAGACACAGGUGUCUAAUAGAAUACUAGAACAAAGUCAUGUACGCACAUUAUUCUUAAAAAUUGUCUAAUUAUUCAUGUUAUGUAAAUUGUACAUAUAGUUAUAAUAAAUAUAUAAUUGUUAUGAGCAUUGCA